AACACACAAGCAUGUCUUCUAUGUUUUGCCUUAAUUUUCCUCUGAUUUUCCUCUUCCAAUUAAUCUCUCAUUGAGCUUAUCUUCUUGGAUCUCCAUCAACUCUUUUCUUCAUAAUCCUGUCCUGACGUUUGGAAUCUUAAAAAUGGCCUCAUUUAUCUCUGCCGUUGCAAAAAGGUGUUUAUUUUUUAUUUUUUAUUAUUUUGGAUGGAUUGGGGAUGACAGAUCUAGCUAGUGACUAAAAAGUGUAUUGUUCAUCAAUACUGUACAGGUUAUAUUUUUUUUUUUAUUUUGGAUGGAUUGGGGAUGACAGAUGUCACAGAUCUAGCUAGUGACUAAAAAGUGUAUUGUUCAUCAAUACUGUACAGGUUAUAUUUUUUUUUUUAUUUUGGAUGGAUUGGGGAUGACAGAUCUAGCUAGUGACUAAAAAGUGUGUUGUUCAUCAAUACUGUACAGGUUAUAUUUUUUUUUUAUUUUGGAUGGAUGGGGGAUGACAGAUCUAGCUAGUGACUAAAAAGUGUAUUGUUCAUCAAUACUGUACAGGUUAGAGGGGAAGGUUGCUCUCAUCACUGGAGGUGCCAGCGGUCUUGGCGCAUGCACUGCCAGAGUCUUUGCCCACCAUGGCGCCAAAGUUGUUGUAGCUGACAUCCAAAAACAAUUAGGCCACUCUGUCUGUGAGUCAAUUGGCCCAUCAAACUCCAUCUUCGUCCACUGUGACGUCACCGAUGAAUCCCAAAUCCAACAGGCUGUGGACAAAGCUGUGGCCACCUAUGGCAAACUAGACAUCAUGUUUAACAACGCUGCCAUUGUGGACAAGAUGAAGUCCCGCAUAAUCGAUAACGAAAAAUCUGACUUCGAGCGCGUCCUUAGCGUGAACGUGACUGGAGUCUUCCUCGGCAUCAAGCACGCAGCUCGAAUCAUGGUGCCAGCUCAAAGCGGCUGCAUAAUCUCCACUGCCAGCGUAAGCUCAACUAUAGGUAAAAUAGGCACCCAUGCUUAUACUGCUUCAAAGCAUGCUGUUGUGGGACUCACAAAAAAUGCUGCAGUUGAGCUCGGACAAUUUGGAAUUAGAGUUAACUGCAUAUCUCCCUCUGCAGUCGCGACGCCCUUGUCUACCUCAUGCAUUGGAAUUAACCCCGACGAGCUCGAGAAGAUGAUGUAUUCGAUUGCCAAUCUCAAGGGUGUGACCCUUAAAGCAGAAGAUAUUGCAAAUGCUGCUCUUUAUUUGGCAAGUGAUGAGGCAAGGUACGUCAGUGGGCACAAUCUCUUGAUAGAUGGGGGUUACAGUAUAGUUAAUCCCUCGUUUCCAAUGUUCCAAUACCCGGCCGAUUCUUGAGCUUAUUUCUAGCUGCUUAUCGGAGAUGAACCCACAUUGGCCUAAGGUUGGGACAAGGAAAAUUUGGUAGUAGGAGUUUUUCCCAGCCUCCUAGGCUAGGGCCAAUUAUGAGUUGCAGCUGGCAGUCACUUUUAACUUGUAGGGGUGUGUUUAGUUAAAGGAUAACUCUCUCAAGAAAGUUAUUAUUGAGAA